CAAUUAUUAACAGAUAGGUAUAAUAAUGAAAGGCUACUUAUAAACAAUCAUGUUCAAGCCUUAUUCAAUUUUGAAUUAAUACCCAAGGAAUCUAGUGCAUCAUUACGUAACAUGAUUGAUGUAACUAAUAAAAAUUUAAAGGCGCUCGAAACCUUAGGACAGCCUACCUCACAGUGGGAUAUACUGAUCAUUUUUAUUAUGUCCAAAAAAUUGGAUGUAGUCACCCAUCGCGAGUGGGAGGAAUUUAAAAAUAACUUAGACAAAUAUCCAAAUCUAAAAGAUUUUGUAAAAUUUUUGUCUAAUCGAGCAGAUUUAAUCGAAUCAAUAAAUAAUUGUAAUUCAAACACAAAACUUACACAUAAUACAAAUAAAUAUUUACAGGAGACUAAAAAUAAAAAUUAUCUUACUACUAAUACAUCAUUUAAAACUAAUUCUAAUAAUACUAAUAAUAAUUCUUACUCUUCUAAUAACAAAAUUUCUUGUGUCAUGUGUUCACAGAAUCAUUACUUAUUUUCAUGUCAAUCCUUCAGAAAUUUAGAUGUUGAUUCACGUAUUAAAAAGGCAUCAGAAAGCAAUGUGUGUAUGAACUGCCUACGACCAGGUCAUACUGAUAAGCGAUGUAAGCUUUCACAUUGCAAAUAUUGCACACUUAAACAUAAUACCCUCUUACAUAGGGAUCCUGAAAAUCAGUCUUCAAACAAUAUUGUUUUAUCAACUAAUACAGACACAUCUGACAUGUCUAAUCAGAAAAUCGUACUGCUAUCCACAGCUCUGGCGAAUGCGGCGGACGUCAACGGGAAGCUACAUCCUGUCAGACUCUUGUUAGAUAACGGCAGCACGUCCAACUUUAUCACCCGAGAUUUUUGUGAGAAGCUUGGCCUGUCAAAGGAAGGUACUACCUCCACAGUCUCAGUCAGAGCCGUGCACCUGGAGCUAGUGUCCGAUUUAACUAAGGAGGCCUUUCUUGCGGCCUUCAGCCGGUUCAUUAGCAGAAGGGGCAAACCUCAGCGCGUGUACUCCGACAACGGCUCAACAUUUGUGGGAGCUUUUAAUGAGCUUUCACGCUUCAUACAGGUUUCUUCUAAGCAAAUAGAGUCUGAUCUUGCAAAUCAGGACAUACAGUUUAAAUUCAUUCCUGCCUAUUCCCCACAUUUUGGUGGGAUAUGGGAAGCGGCAGUAAAAUCAACAAAACAUCUACUACGUAGAGUCUUAAGUCUUACUCACUUAACAUAUGAGGAGUUGUCGACAUGCCUGAUUCAGAUAGAGGCUAUUUUAAAUUCCAGACCUCUAACGCCUUUAUCAUCGGAUCCUUCUGAUCUUUCUUUUCUUACUCCUUCCCAUUUCCUCCUCGGGCGAGCUCAGAGUUCGAUAAUCCGACCUAGACUCACCGAACACAACAUACAUCGCCUGCAGCGCUUCGACCGCAUCGAAAAGCUGCGUCAGCACUUUUGGCAGCGCUACUCUAAUGAAUACGUAUCUCUUCUGCAGCAACGCACCAAGUGGCAGACCGGCGGUCAAGACCUCAAGGUUGGAGCAAUGGUCCUUGUACGAGACGUCAAUCUUCCGCCUCUUCUGUGGCUACUUGGAAGAGUAGUCGCUGUCAAACCUGGGACAGACGGGCGCAGUCGAGUCGCCGACAUACGGACGAAGAAGGGCACCAUAACUCGUGCCUACAACAACAUCGUGCCGCUUCCUCUUCAAUGACAUGUUCCCGGGGGAAUAUGUUCCUACGUCUCAUCGGGCCGCGCGGCGCUGGCGGGCAAACCGGUAGCCCCCGCGCGCCGGCCUUCAGCGUGCACCUCCCCGCGCACCUCCCUGCGACAUCCGCGGCCAGCGAGGAGCGCGUCGCGGCCGCGAGUCCCUCUCACUUCACCGGACCACCGGCCUACGCGACGCACGCACCGCGGCUAUACCUCGAAUACAGUUCAUUCUCAUCGAA